AUUCCCCACUCUCUCUCUUUCUCAAUGGUUCUUUCUUCUUUUCCUCCAAAAUCAAAGCAAAACAAGAAUCAACAAUUACCCAACAAACUAGGAAAGUUUCAAUUUUUUUCACAAUCCAAUCUUCCCCCAUGACUUAAAUUCCCUCUUUUAAUCAAAUCCCAAUUGAAAAAAUGUCAAGCGGAUGUAGCACUAGCGUAGUCUGGUUCAGACGCGAUCUUAGGGUAGAAGAUAAUCCAGCAUUAGCUGCCGGCGUUAGAGCAGGAUCUGUAAUUGCAGUUUUCAUUUGGGCACCUGAAGAAGAAGGUCCUUAUAAUCCUGGAAGAGUUUCAAGAUGGUGGCUAAAACACAGUUUAUCUCUUCUUGAUUCAUCUUUAAGAAAUCUCGGCACUUCUCUCAUUACCAAAAGAUCUACCGACUCUCUUUCGUCUCUAAUCGAUAUCAUCAAAUCCACCGGCGCUACUCAGCUACUCUUUAAUCACUUAUACGAUCCUUUAUCGCUUGUUAAGGAUCAUAGAGUUAAAGAAGUAUUAACUGGUCAAGGGAUUGUUGUUCGAUCUUACAACGCGGAUUUAUUGUAUGAACCAUGGGAAGUUAAUGAUAAAGAUGGUUGUUCUUUCAAUACUUUCUCUGCUUUUUGGGAAAGAUGUCUUACUAUGCCUUUUGAUCCUGAGGCUCCACUCCUCCCACCUAAGAGGAUCAUCUCAGGUGAUAGCUCAAGGUGUUUAUCAGAUACUCUAGCUUUUGAGGAUGAACUAGAAAAGGGUAGUAAUGCUCUUCUAGCUCGGGCAUGGUCACCCGGUUGGAGCAAUGCCGAUAAAGCUUUAACCACGUUCAUCAAUGGGAGAUUAAUAGAUUACUCUGUAAACAGAAGGAAAGCUGAUAGUGCAACCACUUCUUUCCUUUCGCCUCAUUUGCAUUUCGGCGAAGUUAGUGUUCGUAAACUCUUCCACCUCGUCCGAAUGAAGCAAGCCUUAUGGGCAAACGAAGGAAACAAAGCCGGGGAAGAAAGUGUUAAUCUUUUUCUCAAAUCUAUUGGUUUAAGAGAGUAUUCGAGAUAUAUGAGUUUUAACCAUCCUUAUAGCCAUGAAAGACCUCUUCUUGGCCACCUUAAGUAUUUUCCAUGGAUUGUAGAUGAAGGCUACUUUAAGGCGUGGAGACAAGGUAGAACAGGGUAUCCUUUAGUCGAUGCGGGAAUGCGAGAAUUGUGGGCAACCGGAUGGCUUCACGAUCGGAUUCGGGUCGUGGUCUCGAGUUUCUUUGUGAAAGUUCUUCAACUCCCUUGGAGAUGGGGAAUGAAGUAUUUUUGGGAUACUUUAUUGGAUGCGGACCUCGAGAGUGAUGCUCUUGGUUGGCAAUAUAUAUCCGGUUCACUUCCCGAUGCUCGAGAAUUGGACCGGAUAGAUAAUCCUCAGUUUGAGGGUUACGAGUUCGAUCCGAACGGUGAAUACGUUCGGCGAUGGCUUCCCGAACUUGCGAGAUUGCCUACGGAGUGGAUACACCAUCCUUGGAAUGCCCCGGGAUCGGUGCUUCAAGCCGGGGGUAUCGAGCUUGGUUCGAAUUACCCGCUCCCUAUUGUCUGGAUCGACGACGCGAAAGCCAGGCUUCGGGAGGCGGUUUCGGAAAUGUGGCGGUUGGAAGCAUCGUCUAGAGAUGGGGCUGAGAACGGGGCGGAAGAAGGGAUCGGAGAUUCGGAGUUGACACCGAUUAUCGCGUUUCCAUCUCAAGAAACACUAAUGGAUACGGAUCUUCAACCCGCCCCCGCCCGGAACAACAUCAACAACACCAACAACCCGACUACUUUGAGACGUUAUGAAGACCAAAUGGUUCCGAGCAUGACUUCUUCAUUUAUAAGGGUCGUCGAAGAGGAGGAAACGUCGAUGGACGUGCGCGACAUAGUGGAGAGAAGGGCGGAAGUGCCGACGAACAUGAACAUGGUUCGAGAACAUAGAACAACGGAAAUGCGGUUCAACUUUGGUAGAGGUUUGCAAUACCCGGAAGAUUCGGCUGUGGAAUCUUCGAGUAGUGUCGGGCGUCGAGAGAGGGACGGAGGUGUAGUUCCCAUUUGGUCCCCGGGAACUCCAAGUUACUCGGACCAAUUUGUCGGACCCAUCAAUUGAUGUGCUUCUCAACCAAUGUAAGCUCGUUUAAUUUUUUCGAGCAUGUUGUAUUAUUCUUUAUAUGUUGAGCACUAGGAUUUGAAUACUCUUAAGUGACUUUAUUUUUUUAAAAAGAUAUAUUAUAUUUUAGCCUUGAAAAUGAAUAAAAAUAAAAUUCGGAUAGCC